AUGUCCAAGGCGAAGCCUGUAGCUCUUGUUAUUGGGGCCUCAAGGGGCAUUGGGAGACAGAUUGCCAUUGAUUUGGCAAGACGUCAAUAUUCUGUCGUCGUGGCCGCCAAGUCCACGAGUGACGCCUAUUCGCCCAAGACGCCCUUUCCACCAGGGCCUAAUUCCCCCCAAUCUACAAUCAGUACAGUAGAGCGAGAGAUCAAGGAAGCAGGCGGUGACGCGACCGCUUUUGCCGUCGACGUCCGGGAUUUCACCAGCGUACAGGAAUUGGUCGACAAGACCAUCAAGCGAUAUGGCCGCCUUGAUGUCCUCGUCUAUAACUCCGGAGCCAUCUGGUGGGCCUCGGUAGAAGACAGCCCUAUGAAGCGCUUCCAAUUGAUGCAGCGCGUCAAUCCCGAGGGACUCUACGGAGCAAUUCAGGCCACACUCCCCCAUCUGAAGAAGAGCUCAGUAGGGGGCAGGAUUAUCAUCGUGAGCCCGCCCAUCUAUAGCCGCUUCUUCAGAGGGAAGACGGCGUAUGCUAUAGGCAAGGUAGGGAUGAGUGUCCUGACCAAAGGCCUGGCGAUGGACUUUGAGAGGCAGGGCUUGGUCAGAAAUGGGGAGGGUGGGAUGGCUGUUACGAGCAUAUGGCCUGCGGUGUCCAUCGAGUCUGCCGCCACGACGCAGUUCACACGGAACAAUCCUGACGAGGCCAAUGACCUACGCAGGCCGGCCAUCUUCUCUGAUGCUAUAUUGGCCAUCCUCGAGGCGCCGGCGUCGGUUGUGAACGGGGAACUCGUGCUUGAUGAGGACUUCCUCAGGGAGCAUGCAGGUGUAACUGACUUCUCGAAGUACUCGGUCGUCCCGGGAAGCAGUCCAAGGAGGAUCAUGCCAGAAGAGCUCCCCGAUUUGACCGUCAAGGAACAAGAUGACGAGGGGAAAAGAUUUGACAGCGCCGAAUCAAGAAAGGCUUCAAAGUUGUGA